UCCGCGUUGGCCUGGACGUGGCAUCUGAGAAGACUGCGGGGAAAGCUGCACCCACUCUUUCUGGCCGGUUACAAUAAACAGCUUAAAAGACCGACAGUGCUUAGUAGUUAGCUUUCUGGUUCUGUUUUCUAUUUUAUUAUCGCAAAAAGGAUCUGUUUCAGAACAUGGGGCUAACAAUAUCGUCGCUUUUUUCCAGGCUUUUCGGCAAAAAACAGAUGAGGAUACUUAUGGUUGGUUUGGAUGCUGCUGGAAAGACCACUAUUCUCUACAAACUGAAGCUGGGAGAGAUUGUAACCACUAUUCCAACCAUCGGUUUUAACGUGGAGACUGUUGAGUACAAGAACAUUUGCUUUACUGUGUGGGAUGUUGGCGGCCAGGACAAGAUCCGCCCCCUCUGGAGGCACUACUUCCAGAAUACACAGGGCCUUAUCUUUGUCGUGGACAGCAAUGACAGAGAGAGAGUAGCAGAGUCAGCAGAGGAGCUGUCUAAAAUGCUGCAAGAGGAUGAGUUGAGGGAGGCCGUGUUGCUGGUGUUUGCUAACAAACAGGACUUGCCAAAUGCUAUGGCAGUGAGCGACCUCACAGACAAGUUGGGCCUGCAGAGCUUGCGCAGCCGAGUUUGGCACGUCCAGGCUACUUGUGCUACCCAGGGCACUGGGUUAUAUGAGGGACUGGACUGGCUGUCCAACGAGCUGUCAAAACGCUGAAGAGUGGAGGAAUCGCAGGACCAGAGCGAAUGGGAGAUGUGAUUAUGCGCAGAGCGAGCAAACGAGAGAACAGUAGGAGCGCUGGCUGAACAAUUCAUCAGUGGAAAAAAACAGCAACUUUUUAAAUUAUCAGUGUGUCUGUCUGGUAGAACUUGCAGUUUAUGGACUUUGCGAUCAGUUCCUGUUCUGAAACCUUUUCAUCAUUCUCCCCUUUUAUUCUCUAUAUUGUUAUUCCUGCAGAUAUUUCUUAGACUGUUUAUAUCUUUCUUUAUGCCACCCACCUUCCUCAACAGUAAAUUUAUUUUAAAUUGCAUGUUUUUAAAAAAACAUAACAAAAAAAAUUGAAUCACCUGAUGGUUGUGUGCAGUUGACAGUCGUGGAAUGAGAGGGUGGGCCACUGGGUUUGGUUGGGUGGGGGCAUAUUUGGAGAAGUGUGUAUGGGAGAGCAGAGGCCUGGCUUUGGGUGCCAGAGUAUUCUACCCUCUCCUGACUGAGUCAUUCCAGAGAGCUGAACCUGAAGGUCAGUUCACUUCCUCUACAAUGUGAAGAGUACGGACCUUCAGUCAUUUCAAGGGCCAUUAUGAUGCAAUAAACUUUUUUUUUUUCUUUUUCUCAA